UCGCGAGCGGAAGCGCGAUCAAACAUGGAGAUUGAGGCCCCCCCGAGCCUCUGAAACCGCGCGGCUCCCCGUAUACGCGACACACGAAACUCGCGCGUUCUCCCUCGACACACGUAUACAAACAUACGGGGCGUGAGUGCGAGAGAGAAAAAGAAAGAGCGAGGGAGAGAGAGUGAGAAGGAGAAAGAAAGAGAGAGAGAGAGAGUCUGAGCGAGACGUAUACACACAAAAGCCACGAGGGGGUUUACAGUUAGUGUGUUGAUCAGAGGUACGUCCCCAGGGUGAUCGGGGCCAGUUCUUGGCCAGCCCAAGCCACGAGGAUGGAGCUCCGAGUCGGCAACAGGUAUCGGCUAGGACGCAAAAUCGGGAGCGGCUCUUUCGGCGACAUUUAUCUAGGUACAAACAUCUCUACCGGCGAAGAAGUCGCUAUCAAAUUAGAAUGCAUCAAAACGCGCCAUCCACAGUUACACAUAGAGUCCAAGUUUUACAAAAUGAUGCAAGGAGGCGUUGGUAUACCUACAAUAAAGUGGUGCGGAUCAGAAGGUGACUACAACGUUAUGGUGAUGGAGUUGUUAGGUCCGUCGCUGGAGGAUCUCUUUAAUUUUUGUUCACGAAGAUUCACCCUUAAAACAGUUUUAUUACUAGCCGAUCAAAUGAUCAGCAGAACGGACUAUAUUCACAGCCGUCAUUUCAUACAUCGUGACAUAAAACCAGACAAUUUCCUUAUGGGCUUGGGCAAGAAGGGUAACUUAGUGUACAUUAUAGAUUUUGGACUUGCCAAAAAGUACCGUGACAGUCGCACUCUCAGGCACAUACCCUACCGAGACAACAAGAAUCUUACGGGUACAGCCAGAUACGCGAGUAUAAACACACACGUGGGAGUCGAACAAUCCCGGAGAGACGAUCUCGAAUCACUAGGCUACGUUUUCAUGUACUUCAAUAUAGGUAGUUUGCCCUGGCAGGGUCUCAAGGCCGCGACAAAGAGGCAAAAGUACGAACGCAUCUCGGAAAUGAAAAUGUCAACGUCAAUCGAUAUACUCUGCGCUGGCUAUCCUAACGAGUUUGCCAAGUAUCUGAAGUACUGUCGGCAGAUCCGUUUUGAAGAGAAGCCCGAUUAUCCAUACCUGAGGCAGCUAUUUCGUAGUCUUUUCCACCAUGAAACUUUCACCUACGAUUAUGUAUUCGAUUGGAACAUGCUCAAGUUUGGUAACGCGAGGCAACCUGCAUUGCCAGCUGCCCAGCAGCAAGUACCGACUCAUUCACAACCGGCGAACGUGCCGCUUCCUGCGGGGACCAAUAACGAGCAAGAACAUCCAUCGAGGCUUUACACCCGGCAAUGUUUGGCAAACGCAUCGACCGUGUUCGGUCCAGCGGUGGGAACGUCGAGUCGACGUCACAGACACGAGGCGAUAGAGGCACGGGGGGUUGACCAGGAGGAUCAGGAAAAGAGCGACCUCCAAGGUACCGGAACUGAUGCCCACGAGAGACGAAGGGUCAGCAUAACUAGGUUGUUGCCCAGAAGCUCUGCUGCAGCAGCUGCUGCCGAAAUGCAACCCAAACCCAAGAAGCGCCAAUGCGGUGUCAGUGGUGGUGGCCAAGCCGAUGGCCAGGCGGAUAAACAGCAAGUGAACAAUGAGGAUGCUAAUCAACAUACUGCCCUGGCUAAUCGUCAUUUGUCCUCGCAGCUGAUCUCUCGUUCCUCUCGAAAAUAGUCCUCGAGAAGGAUCAAUCAUGGCCAAGAGAAAUAAUGGAGAGAGGAGAGAGACGAAAAUGAUUUGUUGAUCCUCGAUUAAACGUACUAGCAGAUAGCAGAAACAAUACGUUCUGCAGAUGCAUCAACGACAAAAAAAAGCAGCAGCAAAAAAUGGAAAAAAAAAAACAAACAAACAAAAAGAAGAACAGUGUCACUCAAGCGGAGCUCGUUUUAAUACGCUUUAGCCCUAAUCUCCAAAAUCCAAAUUCGUUCACUUCUUUUUUAUACGAUCACUAGAUUAACACAAAGAAGAAAAAUGUCACUCAAGCGGAGCUCAUUUUAAUCCGCUUUAGCCCUAAUCUUCAAAACCCAAAUUCGUUCUCUUCUUUUUUAUACGACGAUUACUACCAAGAUUUUUCGUAGACCGAGGUUCGAUUAUAAAUGCUUGUGUGCGUAUGAAUGUGUUUUCCUUCCCGGAUCGAUUUCCGGUACGGAGUCCAAAACUCUGAAUGUUGUUUGUAAUUUCGCGCCAAUUACCGCGAUGCGUGACUGUCAAAUAUUAUACGUAACAAUAUACAUAUUGUAUUAUUAUUUUUUCUUAUUAUCAAUUUUCUUUACCAGUUCAUUAUAAAAAACAUGAAAUAACUACGUGGCUGUUGCUUCGACUGCGGCAUAACGUACAUCAUCAUGCUAUGCUUUCUUUUUCGACCGUCUCAUCUUCUUUAUUUCUGUAAUUUAAUUUCUAAGGGAAUAUCAAUCUUGUGAUUGCGACAGCUCGUUAGGUCCGUUGCUCGUUUUCGAAAAUUUUUCAUUGCUAGUGAAGGAGUCGAGUUUUGUAAUUCUGCGACACCGUCGAAUACACGUGAAAAUAACAUUUUUUACGCCAAUGAACUUUUGAUGGACCGUGCACAAAAGUUCAUAUUGAGAUUAAUCAUACUGAAACUUUUUUCAAUGAAAACUUUUCUACCGUGACAUUCAAGUGACUUGGACUGUACCAUUGAUUUCGAUUUAAAAGCUUUAUUUUGAGUUUCACCUUUUUUUUUCCCAGUGCAAUGUAAAUGUUUUCCCUGUCAACUCACCGAUGCAAAGUUAUUUGUCAACUUUUUCUUCCGAAUAAUGUGAUUAAUACAUUUUUUUCAGUUUGAACGAAACGCAUUUAUUGGAAAUCUUCAAUUCGUUUCCACUUGUCGCCAUAUUUUGAUUUACUCGCCACAAUCUUUUUUGAUUUUCAGAUUUCUUGAAGAUUUUUUCAACUGUUCGCGGGAAUAUUCUUUCUAUUGCAACGAUGUUUUUUACCUAUUCAUUUGGUUUUCAUUUGUGUUCGAAGUGUCGGUCAGCCAGAAGUAUGAUUAUAAACAAUCUGAAAAAAAUUCACAAAAAUUUUCCAAUUUUAAUUCAUUAGUAAUAGUUUUAUGAAGGAAUGAGUUGAAUCAAGCGACUAGAUAUAGGUUUUCUCAUUUACCAUCACUCCAUGAUAUUUCUAAAUAUCAUUAAUCGAAGCAGCUUUAUUGAAUUUGCCGUAUUUUAUAUUACUCAAAUCCUAGGUAAUUUUUCAUUUUCGCCUCGGCCGUUUCUUUUUGGACGGACUGACGUACUUAGAGGUUUAAUUUGUAUUAUUUUUCUUUACAUGUUUCUCAUGAUAUCAAAAUUUUCUUACAAAAUUUUGAUUAAUGCGCUUUCCAACACGAAUGAGACAGUGAUUAAAUUGAUUUUUAUUGUAAAACAAAAACGGAAAGACGGAAAAGCAUAAUAACACUGCCAGCGAAAAAUAACACAAUUGCGUAGAACGACGGUCGAGGACAAAUUUUUUCGAAAUAUUUGCCACGUGUAUGCCGACUCCGUAUUUAUAACACCCCGAAGGAUCGAGACUCAUUUUGCAAACUAUAAAAUUUGCAGUGAAAGGAUUUUCCUUUAUUUCUUAUGAAAAUGAAAGUUCUUGAGACCGGAAAUUUCUGUUUUUUUUUGUACGACUUUCUAUGCAAGAGAAUACUUGACGUUAGGAAAAAGUCUCCCGGAUAUGAUUUUCAUUCGAACGAGAAAAAACGAAUGGUGAUAAAUGUAGAGAUGAAACAGAGAUGAAUGUAAGUAGAAGUAGUGCAAACUCAAGACUUUCAUAUUGAGACAAAACAAAUUUAUGUUUCGUCGUCAUUUCUGAUUUUUUUUUUUUUUUCAAAUUAAUACACCCGAAGUACAUUUUGGACUCAAGUGUUAAGAAAUACUCGUUCGAACGGUAUCGAUUACUUUUGAUCCGAAUGAUAAAAUCCUAUUCGAAAUUGACGAAAAAAUUCUCUGAUUUUUUGUACUUCUUUAAGAAUGUUUGAUUAUAAGAAUUUUCUGAGCCUUCCGCGGCCUACAGGAAGCCUCUAGAAGAUAUGAGAAAGAGCGAAGGCAAACGCGAAAGAAGGAGAGCGAGGGUGAGUGGAGGGGGGGGGGGGGGAGCAAUCGAUAAUUUAGAUAGCGAGAAUAAUGCGUAAAUCGAGAAAAAAAUUCUUGCAAGAUUUUUUUUCACGAGAAUUAGUGGCAAUGGCAAUGACGCGUUUUUAAUCUAUAACCGCCUGUAAGCGAAUCAAACGGUUUGUAUAUAUUAUAUACAAUUUAUUAUAUUAGCCGACUUUAAGGAGCAACGUGUUGAGGAGACUAAAAAAAAAACAGAACAAAAAGUGUGAGUGUAAAAGAAACAAGAGAUACAAAUAUUUGUAAUGGUUAAAAGUGUAGAAAAGAGUGAAACUAAAAAACGAAAAAAACAAAAAACAAAAAAAAAACGCCGGUAACUUUCUGUGUUUGUACGAUGGAAUGGGUGUGCAUCAAUGGAGUUAGUACAACGGAAAAGAAUGAAAAAAAAAAAAUAAAAAUCAUAAAUAAAAUGUAACAAUUUUCCAGUUAUACAAAAUUGUAAACUCUUCGUGUACUAUGAAAACGAGAUGUGACGAAAAAUGCAAAGAAAAAAAAAGGAAAAAAAAACACAAAAGCGUUAACAACCUGUAUGAACGGGUCAAAAAAGAAAUGGCUUUUUUUGCUUUCAUCACAAGUGCAUAUGACGUGUCCUUCAUUUCGGUGCUUAUUGUCGCGAGUGAUUGGUAAGCGAAAGGUGAAAAGUGUAUGAAAAUUUAUAAAAUUCGACACACAUAUUCGUUCACGGAUGUCGUUAAUCUAAAUUCAUCGGUGUUGCCGACUGUUCCGGAUCGCGCGAGUGUGUGUGUGAGAGAGAACGAGAGAGAGAGAGAGAGAUCGAUGUGCGCAUACACACUUAUAAACACACAACCAAACGAAAGCGUGCACACGUACACACACAUAUAUUCGGUAAUGAAUAUCCUUAUGUGGAAUAAAAAAAACAAAAAACAAAAAAAAACAGUAAUUAAAUAAAUUGUAUGUGCAUUCGUUUCGAGCGAGAUGGUGAUGAAAAGUGAUGUAGAGAGACUUGUCCGGAUGUACGCUAGUGACAAAACAUAUUGUAUAAUCCGUCGUAUAUUUAUUUUCGUGCGAAAUCAACCGAUCUGAAAUGAGGGAAAAACCAAUAAUAGUUUAACGGAAAAAUGAGAAACACGAACGCCUUCGGAUUCAUGUCAAAGAAUACAUAAAGAAAAAGAAAAAAAGAUAGAUCGACGCAGCUCGAAUGAACGAGCGGUCGAUAAUGCCAUCUUUUAAUUGUGCUAUUUUUUUUACAUACUUUUAUUACCAUGCCCAGUAGAUUAUUACAUUAAUUAGUAAUUUCUUGACAUCUAAGCUGUUGUACAGAUUAAUUCGUGGUUACGAUUUCUUCAAUGUCGAUUGCACCGAUACAAAAACAACAGGUUCAUAAUGAAAAAUAAGAAAGGUUUUAACGACGUAAUCAGCACGCCAGAAAUCCACCGUCGACUGGCAAAUGAACUCCACUUAUCAUGGAACUGCGGUCGCUUAGUAGAUAAACAACAGCAUCUACGACCUCUUCGACCUCUGAAAUAUUAUGCAACAAUAUUAUACAACUAUUUAUAUGCGAAGAUAUACAUAGACUUUCUGUGGGAUAAUAUGGAGAUUAUAUAUUCAUAUACUGUCCGAAAAACAUGUACAUUGAAAACUCGUUAACAACGCAUCGUUGUAAAGUAAUGAGAGAAUAUAUUUUCGCAUAUAAAAUUCAUAAGCUUUGUUCGUAUGAAAAAAAUGACUCGGAGAUCAACAGUUUACGAUACUUUGCCAAAAGUCCGUGCACUAUUUUUCCAUAUUAUCUCAUUUUAUUAAGAUUUCAUAAGUUCAGUUUUUAUUAAGAUUUUUGACGGGUGAUAAAAACGUGAAAAGCGUCAUGGUUUUUCUGUCAUGUCAGUUCAUCAAACGAUUGCGUUGUUUACGACUUUGGCCAAAUACUGAAAUACCCAUUGUGAGUGUAAAAUAACAGAGGAAUAACGGUAAAUAGAAAUUUUUUAAUCGGUU